UCUGUGACUUCGUGCAAUACAUAAGAAAUGCCGCUGCUGUUGCUGUUCUUGGCUGCUGCUCUUGUAGUGCUUGCCAACGGCAAAUCAUCGUUGCAAGUCGGGGAUGUUCUCGCAGUAAAUCAAUUCCUAGUCUCGCCAGACAACACUUUUGAGCUUGGAUUUGUCGAUGAUGAAGCCUCUGGUAAGUUCACCUUAGUGAUCAGGUUCCACCACAUCAACUUGAAGACAAUCGUCUGGACUGCACCAGCUGCACCUAGCGUUGCUUUUACUGCUAAUGCUCGCCUCCAACUCACUGCCCAGGGCCUAUUUGUCUCGGACGGGGCCCAACUAAUAACGAUUGCAAAUGUUCCUAGUGUUGCAAGUGCGGAGUUACAGGACAAUGGUAACUUUGUGGUCAUAUCAAGCAGUGGCAGCUGGCAAAGUUUCGAUGUCCCAACCGAUACCUUGCUCACAGGCCAACUCAUCCAAGGCAACAAAGAUAUCCUUCGCUCGGGGAGCUUUAGUUUGUACCUCAACCAAAACUCUAUAGGGUUAAAAAGCUAUGCAGUUCCGGAGUCCAAUUCUCAAUCAUAUUGGGAUGUCCAGAGAUCCCCGACUAGUUCCAACAACGCAUCAACGUUGGUGAUGAACUCGACCGGCAUUCUUACUUUCACCGACGGUCAAGGGCCCUGGUACAUUAACCGGGAACAAAACUCGUACUUUUACGUGCUGGAUUUUGGAACUCCAAAGGUAGCGAGGAGACUCACUCUAGAACGCAAUGGAACUCUACGAGUUUACAGCCUUACCCAGGAUAACUCCUCGUGGAAUAUAGUUUGGCAAGCAUUGACAGCUGACUGCAAAGUCUUUGGGAUGUGCGGACCUUUCGGGAUUUGCACAUACAGGCCUGGUCUCGUCUGCACUUGUCCUCCAGGGUUUCACUUUGUGGAUCCAGGUGACCAUUCCAAAGGGUGUGAGUAUAAUGUCCCCUUGAAAAGCUGCAAUGGAUCCGAUAACAGAUGGGUGCGUUUGGAAAGAACUGACUAUACUUACAAUGACAAGACGUACAUCUCAGUCAUAUCCCUUGAAGAUUGCAAGAGUCUCUGCAAAGAGAAUUGUGGCUGCCUUGGGAUAGCCUACAGAGCUGACGGCUCAGGGCAAUGCUUUCUCAAGGGUCCAGAUUCAACCAGGGGACCAAAGCAAGUGAUUUAUAAUGGCUUCCAGAUUGCAUCUGGGCCGAAUCUGUUCUUUCUGAAAGUCUCUGCAUCAGAUACUUCCGUGCCAGCCGAGGAUGAUCACAGUUUAAAUCAACUUUUAUAUGUUACAGACAUGGAUGCAACAAACAAUGUGGAAACCUUGUUUGUGAAGGAGGUGGAGGUACCGAUCAAGCAUAAGUUGGCCGUGGCGCUUGCCAUUGCUGAACUUUUAGUGUUCUUGAUUUGUGGAGCUGUCUAUGGACACCACGUCAAGGAAAAAGUAAGGCACAUCAGACAACAAAUGGAGUUUGAGGGAGGCACAACAAGGUUUACGUAUCACCAGCUUGAGAUUGCUACAAACUUUUUCAAAGACAAGCUUGGAACUGGAGGCUUUGGCACGGUUUUCAAAGGAUUGCUCCCAGAUGGUAUUAUCGUGGCCGUGAAAAACAUAGAGAUGGAGAUUCAAGCAGAGAAGCAGUUCCAAGCCGAAGUUACAACCCUUGGAAAUAUCCACCACAUCAACUUGGUUCGACUGCUAGGAUACUGUGCCGAAGGAAGCCACAGGCUGCUCGUGUACGAGUACAUGCAAAACGGUUCCUUGGAGAAAUCCAUAAUCUCAAACGAAGACAUCGAUGAGAGUCUUUGUGACUGGAAAACAAGGUUCUCAAUCGCUGUGGGCAUCGCCCGAGGAAUAACCUACCUCCAUGAACAAUGCCAGGAAUGCAUCGUCCACUGCGACAUCAAGCCUCAAAACAUCCUCCUCGACGAGAAGUUCUGUCCAAAAGUCUCUGACUUUGGACUGGCGAAGCUGGCCAGUCGAGAAAGAACCAUAAACGUGACCAUGGUGCGAGGAACUCGAGGAUACAUGGCACCGGAAUGGGUCCGCAACGUCACCAUUACUCCAAAGGUGGACGUGUACAGCUAUGGCAUGGUCCUCUUCGAGCUGCUGAGUGGCGGAAAAAUAAUUCCAGUCGAUGGCGCUCCUGCCACGAACUCGGAACGCGGGCAUUUUCCAAUCUGGGCUUUUAAGCACUAUGUAGCUGGGAGUGUGAGUUCCAUCGCGGAUACAAAGAUGGCGGAGAAGAUCGAUAUGGUCCAGUUCAACAUGGUCCUGCGGGUUGCAUUUUGGUGUGUCCAGCCCGAUGCAAGCCUCAGGCCCAACAUGAGCAAGGUCGUGGAGAUGCUUGAGGAAAAUGUCCCAGUGCCAGAGCCACCUUUCCCAAGGAUGAUUGAAUGAGGUGUGAGGACAUGGAACCUUCAGGCCAUAAAAACUGAAAUCUUAGCUAUUCCAGGAGCGAGUCAAACCACUCGUCUCGUUUAGAAUUGUUAUCUAAUGUGGAUACGCUCCAACCGGUCGUGAUAUAAGAACCUCAAGUCAAGAUAUAGACGUCUGCUUUUUGACUGCUUCAAGUCGUGACCGUGCAUGACACGGAGGGGAGAGGACCUUUACAAAACAUUUUCUAUCGUAAAAUUCGCAAGACCGCAAUGGCAUUCUGUAAUGUCGCCUUGUUCAUAUUGAUAGUGCCAGUGGCAGUUCUAGCGAGCGAAAUUGAAAGGGGCAGCAGCAUUCAAACAGGCCAGUCUCUCAAGGCGGAUGAAAUCCUGAUCUCACCAGGGAAGACCUUUGGGUUUGGUUUCGUCAAUGACACUGGAGCUCCUGGUAAGUUGAAUGUUGCAAUCAGGGUCCGCUCCGUUGAGACAAUUAUCUGGACUGCCACUGCUCUCAAAGGAGUGACUGCAAAUGCCCAGCUUGUGCUUAAUGAAGCCCAAGGAUUGUUUGUGUUGGAUAAUGGGGUGGCUCAAGUCAUCGUGAGUUGCAAGAGCAGCAAUUGCUCUGGUGUGAGACUGGACAUGCAAGAUGAUGGAAAUCUUGUGCUCAAACACAGCAAUAAUUCAGUUUUGUGGCAAA